AUGGACACCUACAAGAUCUAGUGUUAUUUGCUCGAAAAAUUUUUCUGAGGAGUCAUUCGGUAGAACAUUAAAAUGUUAUCUUAAUCUCAAACCAAAUCCUGUUCUGACAAUACAUCCAAACCAGAUAGGAAAGAUCACCACCUGCCAAGAUACUAGUACUAUCAAAUACAGUAUUAAGACCUGCUUUCGACUUAUCCCUUCUACAGAAACAAGCAGUUAGUAUAAGACAUCAUAGCAAAAAACUUAAUUACUUAAA